CAUAUUGGGUACAGCUGUAUAGGGGUGCAUGCUUGUGCCUCUACGGCUGGGCUAAGGGUGCACCGUGGGUGCGCUGCAUGGGCCUGCGAUCAAUAGAGAGUACAAUAGGCAUGCCAAUGCCUCGGGCACUCAAGCCUUGAAUAGGGUGAUCAAGUGGGCUCACACUGCACACAGCUAUUUGCAUUUCUCAACCACUCUGUUUAUGGAUACACAGUUGGAAAGUUUUGUGAACAAACUGAUAUUAUGGUCGAUGCUUCAUGGACGCGUUAGUUUAUGACUGAGAUCCUCAUAAAAGUGUCCGUUUGGAACUCUUAUGUGUGUAACUCGACGGUCUUCACUGAGUUGACUUGUGAUCGCGUUUCUGUUUGGGACAUGUAAUCUGGUUGUGAAGCGUACAGUCAGCAUGACGAGGGUCAAGGGGUGACCCUCCAUGGAGUGCCGUGACGAGCAACAACAGGAACGCCAUACUGCGUUGCUAACGCAAAACUGUGGUUGAGUUCAGCGAUUCCUAGAAGAAAAUACUGAACUUCUCGGUGAUAAUCUGCAAUCAUGUGAUGUGCUUGGAUCGUGUGGAUAUGAAGAUGUAAUGAGAUCGGAAUUAUGGCCAAUGUAGGGGAUUCAAACUGGAGUCUUGGAGCGUCCACGGGAAGUUUGGGCUCGACAUCCAGUACCCCUCGCCUGUGCACCUACCGUGGGAUGUACCGCAGUAGUGGGAGUGCAGACAUCAUGAGCCCACAGCAACUGUCCCCGUGCAUGGACUCGGUUGUCGAGUCUCCGACAACUAGCUGCUCAUCUAAGGAGCGAGACCGGCACAGCCAGACGAUGGACGUGGCUCACAUCAGGCUCCGGCCGGAGAUCAAGCCAGAUUUACCGUCGUCAGUACCGAACAGCGCUCGGGAGCCUCUACCGGGCUACUCGCCGUCCCACCACCGCGAUCCGGCCAACCAUCGCUCGGUCAACGAGCAGCUGGAUAAGUACAUGGUGAUUCGGCAGAGGAGUUUCCACGGGUACGCUAGGAGCAAGCAGGACCUGAGGCAGCUCCCUCAGACGGACCCACGGGAGGAGACAGAUAGCAUCCCAAACUGGCUUCACCGCUCCAAGACCGAUAUUUACAUCGAGAGACGGCGAGCCAAGCUAGCCUCACAGAGGGCCCGUCGACGCGGCGGCUCGGGUGGGUACAACCUGGACGGAAUCACGCUAGGCAGCCUCGUCAACCAACUACCUGUCCCAGGAAAAAGAGACUACAACGGGAACUGUAAACUGGACUCAUCAAGGACCGUAAACCCAGGCUCCCUUACCGGGGAGAGUCAGGGGGAAACACGGUUCCCUCCACUGACUAUGAACCGCAUGAAGCAGAUGAUGCGAAACGACAUCCGGACUUACACCAUAGAGAGCCAAGCCACGGAACACCGCCGGCCCUCCACGACUAGCGCCUUGCCUACCUCCUCCUCAACAUUCCCCGUACCAGACCCACCUCCGAACUCCCCACCGCCCCAAACCAGGGAACCUACGGGGCACAAGAGGGGCCGGUUACGGAAACAGCCUCUAGGCUCCAUUCCAUUGAGGAUAUGGGAACCGAGCUUGGAUUACGUACUCAGGAGUAAUGCCAAGGAGUUACAACCCCGGCAAGCUGUGCCGUCAUUAGCGCAUCAGGCAUCAGUGCGACAACAACCAUCACCUCUGAAAUAAUCCCUGUUAUUACCCAUAAAUUGUAAAAUACAGAGAGUCUUAAUGUUGUAUUUAACCGCUGCUAAAAUCAGGAACUUGUUAGAAUUGAAUAUGUGGAUCCAGUGUGAUGCAGAAAGUAAAAGAACACAUGUAGGCCUACUUGACAUCAUUUUUCGAAAUUGUUACAGUUCUCAAGUUUCUAAAAGUUUUGCAGAUGCAAUGUGCCCUUUCUUUAGUCCUUUGAUCCACCAAUCAUAGGUCGAAAGUCACUGAAUUCUCCUGUCAAUUUUCUGUCGAAAGUGCAAGCACACUUGGGAAAAUUGUCCGAUUUGUGACCAAUCACUUUGUUCGCAUGUGUUUCAUUGUUUGAAAUUGUCAUGGUUUUAUGAAACCGCGUGGAAAAACUGUUGUAUUAUUUUAUUACUUCAUUGUUCAUUAAAAAAAUACGGGUAUAUAACUUCUAAAUAUUUUACAUUUAAAAUUCGAACCCUGACCCUUACUCUUUUGACGGCAACGUUGACCGCCACCUGCAUCAUCCUCGUAAAAAAAUAACGAUCUGAUGUCUCAAUUAAUUGAUAUCCCUCCCCUGAAACUUUGUGCUCCGCCCCUCCGAUGAAAAAAGACUCCAGUCCAUGCAGGUGUCCUACAAACCCACAAAUCAACAUGUGGUUAGAAAACCUUGGGUAUAUUUGAAAGUCUUAUCUCAUAAAGCUUAAAGGCCAAUUAAACCGUCAAUCGUCUCCUUUGUCGAAAAUGGCGAUUAAAUAUUUGUUCGCUUAUCAUUUGGACAAUAAUGUACCAUUAAACUGUUGUGUGUAGAUGUGUGUUUAUCGCCGAAUCUGGGCUACCCUCUCGUAACAUGUGGACCUUGGUCUAUAUUUCAGACCUCAUUUUUUAAGUAAAAAAAUGAAUGUGAAGUAUAAAUUGACUGUGCCGAUUUUUGUUUGCCAAAAAGGUGCCGGCAACUGAAAAAGAUUGACCCAGGUCAUUUUUGCAGAGUUUUUAAUAUCAAUGAAAUUGAAUGGAAUUACAAACUACUGUUAAUCAUAAUUUGUAACAUAAUCAUCUAAAAUUAUUCCCUCAUGAUUAUCCGUCCAAUGUACCGUCAUAUUCAAAGGCUCUGUAAAGUAUUUUGUUGUAACAUCUACGAUGAUCAACAGUCUAGGUUUUCAGACAAAACUAUUGUAAACGUUGCACAAAAUAUAUCAGGAUUUGGUGUCACGUUUCUUUCGUGAUCUUAUUUGGUGGAAACACUCCAAAAAGCAUAACCUUUUUAUCAUCGUAUCAUUUUGUUUUCAGAAUUUUUUUCUCAUUGAUAAGACAGAGCGCCAAAAUGACAUUGUUUUGACGGGAGUGAUUGGUAAUGUUUUUGCAUUGAAGGAAUUUCAUUUACAGGAUAUCUAUACUGAAAUCAGCGAUGACCAUCAGUUCAACCUGAGAAAGUUCAUAAAAGUUGACUUGUGUAAAACGAAAAAAAAAUUGGAUAGUGCAAUCCUAACAUUUGUAUUUUUACUGUAGGAAAUAAUAACCUUGUACAUGUAUGUGAUAUCCAUAUACAAAUGUACUCAUAUGCAUGAAUUCCGUCCGUUUUUAUAGCCUUAUUGAUUAUUUGCAAAAUAGAAAAGGAGUAUUGUUUGAAGUUUUGACUUAUCCGUAGACAUAUACAUGUAGAUGAUAUACAUAAUGUUAUAUUGGACGAUUAUAAGGCCAACAAUUGAAAAGGACUGUUAAUGACACCUAAGUUAUUACAUUCAUUUUAGUGACUUUUAUUACGGGAAUCAUGACAAUUACUGUUGGUCAUGAAUAUUCUACGAAACAGCUAGUGUAUCGGUGCAUAUUUUUGACAUUCAUUUCACGAGCAGAACAGUUUUGGAAUUAAGUCAUGUUCAAGUUGUCCAAAUUUUGUUGGGGCGGGCCUUUCUUUACGACAUUGUAUCUUCAAGCGCUACCACAUUGUGUACAUGACACUUGUACAUGUACACAUGCACAUUCUAAAAGUUAUUGAUAACCAAAUUUAAUCUACAAAUGGCUGUUAAAAGUCGUUGAUAUUGCAACAGCAGCAUUUUUGAGUGAUAUCCUUUUUAAAAGGCACAUAAAAUCAAAAAAGAACGUCCAACACAUAGCCAAAUGAAGUAUUUAUACUUGGAGGUGACCGAUCUUUUUUUACCGAGGUGUUUUACUCGCCGUUGUUAUCAGUAUUUAUGCGUUUACUUUGUUUAUUAUGUAAACGUUGUAAUUUAUUAAAGUUUUGAGAUACAAAACGUGCCACUGGUCAUAGGUUUUGUGAAAA